AUGGUCCCCUUGCAGUGCCGAUCUGGGUAUUUCAGCCAUGAUUACAAGGAGGGGAAUACUUUCACUAGCCUGAAGAAUGCAGUUCACGCUACUGAAUGUGGAAGCGUUUCAGAAACACCAACAGGGAUGAGUAUUCCUGCACCGGUUUCUGCAACCUGGGCUGGAGAGGCAGAGCGCCAGAGUGGAGCUGAGCCUGCAGAUCUGCCAUCUGAUUGGCUGCCCGGCCGUGGCUGGCCUAUAAAAGAGACCCCUACAGGCUUGGAAGCCAGAGGCUCAGAGAAUUCUGACCGCAUCUUGUCUAGCAGAAGCAACUGUGCUCAAGACAGAAACGAGCUCUCCUCCUGCCUUUCUCUUCUCGCUGCAAAUCACACAUUAAACACCAUGUGCAAAGGACUUGCAGGUCUGCCGGCUUCCUGCCUGAGGAGUGCAAAGGAUAUGAAACAUCGGCUGGGGUUCCUGCUGCAGAAGUCUGACUCCUGUGAGCACAGCUCUUCACACAGCAAGAAGGACAAAGUAGUCACUUGCCAGAGGGUGAGCCAAGAAGAAGUCAAAAAAUGGGCUGAAUCAUUGGAAAACCUGAUUACCCAUGAAUGUGGACUGGCAGCUUUCAAAGCUUUCCUGAAAUCAGAAUACAGUGAAGAGAAUAUUGACUUCUGGAUCAGCUGUGAGGAGUACAAG